UGCAUUCUUUAUUCUUGUAGUCUUGACUGGGGAAAAGGAAAAGGAGGGGUGAGCAGCACACCGCUAGUGGGACGGACGGUAAAGCAUGGAGUCAGUGCGCGCAUUUCUGAGCUGCCAGAGGCGAGCGCGCAUCCGACACGAGACUUCACCAGUGAUUCAACGAUGCGUCGCGCUCCUUAGACGCAGCGAGUGCGCGGAAUCUCCCUUAAAAUCUCCAGACUUGUUCAUCAUCCUGAAUAACUACUCACGACAACGCUGACUUCGGGAUAGCUUUUUAUAGCAUUUUACAGAUCCUCACGACUUAUUGAGCACCUCGAGACGCGCAGUACGAUCGCAAGCAUGGAGAUGAUCUCCGCGCACGCGGAACUGUCCCAGGUGGGGAGUAACGGAGAGGAUCAACCUGAGCCUCUGCCGGUGGACUAUCCGGGAGGAGAGAUGCCGGCCUCUCUCGGCGUGCGAAGAGGAUCCAGCGUGAAGAAACAUCACCACAAACACAAUCUGAAACACCGCUACGAGCUGCUGGAGACGCUCGGAAGAGGGACGUACGGGAAAGUGAAGAAAGCGAUAGAGAGGCACACUGGACGUGUGGUGGCAAUCAAAUCCAUCCGUAAGGAGAAGAUUAAAGACGAACAGGACAUGGUGCACAUUCGCAGAGAGAUCGAGAUUAUGUCUUCUCUCCGUCAUCCACAUAUCAUCUCCAUACAUGAAGUGUUUGAGAACAAGGACAAGAUUGUGAUUGUGAUGGAGUAUGCGAGUAAGGGAGAGCUGUACGAUUACAUAAGCGAGCGUCGCAAGCUCAGCGAGAGAGAGACGCGACACUUCUUCAGACAGAUUGUGUCUGCUGUGCAUUACUGCCAUAAGAAAGGAGUUGUACAUCGAGAUCUAAAGCUGGAAAACAUUCUCCUGGAUGACAACGGCAACAUCAAGAUUGCAGAUUUCGGUUUGUCUAACCUCUACCACAAGGACAAGCUUCUUCAAACGUUCUGCGGCAGCCCACUGUACGCCUCUCCAGAGAUCGUAAAUGGAAGGCCAUAUCGAGGUCCUGAGGUUGACAGUUGGGCGCUGGGCGUAUUGCUGUACACACUUGUAUAUGGAACAAUGCCCUUUGACGGAGGAGAUCACCAAAGACUCAUUCGUCAGAUCAGCAACGGCGAUUAUAGGGAACCUCCUCAGUCAUCCGAUGCUCGUGGUCUGAUCCGCUGGAUGUUGAUGGUUAAUCCAGAACGGCGGGCUACUGUAGAAGACAUCGCAAAUCACUGGUGGGUGAACUGGGGAUGGAAGACCACCGUGUGUGACUGCCAAACCCAAAAGGAAAACAGCUCACCGAUGUUGGCCCGCUUCAUCGACUGGCAGAACCGCACUGACGUCCGACCAGGCAAGAGCCAGCGUCCCGAGUCUGGUAACACCUCUAAUGUUCCAAAUACGGGCUUGACUACAGCCCGGCGUUUAAGAAAGUGCAUGAAGGAGAACGACGUUGGCAUGUGGGGCGUUGCCGAGGAGAAACCAGGUCUCAAGAGACCAAAAAGCAUCCUGAAGACUCGAGCGACCAGCGGAGACCAGCGUUCCCAGAGUUUGUGCGAGGUGGAGCUCAGGAGAUCCAUUUGUUACCAAGACGCCGAGUCCGGUUCAAGUCCAGAGAGAGAAGACACGCUGGGGGGCUCGCCGGCAAAAAUUGUCUCCAUGUUACCCAAAAAAGGCAUUCUAAAAAACAAUCAGCAGCGAGAGUCGGGGUACUAUUCCUCGCCAGAACGCAGUGAGUCUUCUGAACUCUUAGGGGGCGCCACUGUGCAACCUCCGAACAGCUCGCCACCAAAACGGACUGUAGGGAGGAAAGGUAUACUGAAGCGGAAUGGGAAGUAUUCUGCUCACAAUGCCGUCCCUACCAAUGGUGAAGUGCCGGUAGACUCAAAUCUACCGCGAAGCCAAAGCAGACCCUCCAGCAUAGCCUAUGAAGAGAUGGGUCUCUCCAGUAUGGGAUUGGACUGGCCUCCCGCAUCUCCGAAACCCAACAUCCGAGGCUCGCUGUCGGCUGAAAACUUACUGCAGAUGGCUGGGUUUAGGGGCCUUCAGACCGUUGCGCCACAUCGUGGCGGAAAGGGCGCCCGCAGCCCUCCCGGUUCACCCGGAGACAACGGCAGCUUCUCCUUGCUGGGCGAUAUGGACGAUGUCACCCAGGUGUACCAGAAAGCCCUGGAUAUCAGCAGCAAGCUGAGCUAGACUUGGUCAGAGAGACUGAAACAAAGAACAGACAAUCAUUUCAUUUUUAAAACAUUCGAAGGCAUUGUUCUUGGAGAAAGACUGGAAGUGUGAAUGAUCUCAGCACGGUCUCCCAUCACUGUCACAGUGCUGCUGGGUAAUGUUUACAGAUCGAGAGGCGGGACAUUUCAAAUCUCUAUUCAGCAACUCGUGUUGAUGAGCAGUUCUCAUGAUAGUCUCGUUUGAAACUCGACAACUGAUGGGGAAAAACAGAAGCACUUUAAAGCGGCUGUUCUCCGCGAUGCAGCUGAUGUAAAUGACAGCUGGGAACGUGUUAUUUAAGUUAUUUAUUGGUCAUUCACGUUUUGACCAUUUGAAAAUAUCAAGGUCAUUCUUGGGAGAGCCGUUUUCCGCUGUAUAGGUCAUGCAUUAUGAAUAAGUCAGAUAAAGGCCAUUACAACAUCUGUCUAGUAAACAGACGUUUUUAAUGCCAGUCAUUUCAAUGAAGUACAACAGUCUGUCUGUAAUUUUAAAGAAACAAUUCACCUCAAAAUGAAAAUACAAUGCUUUUUGGGGUGAACUAUUCCUUUAAGACUUAAAUUGUUGUAGAGAAGUAUUUGAGUUCAAUAUACAUAUAGCCUUUUCUAUUGUUUUCUUUUGUAAAGUAUUUUGAAGAGGAACAAAAUGUCCUAAAGCAAACCAAAAAACACAGAGAAUGUAAAAGCAAAUUUUUAAUACAACCAUGUCGUCUCCGAAAUCGGCUUAGAGGACUACCCAAAAGGGCAAAGGUUGAACCAAUGUUGUGACACCGUUCAUUUUACUCUCUCACAAGCAUGCACGCACACACACAAUGCUGCACGCUUACAUGCAAUUGUGUGAGCUCUCUGAAGCAUGAAAGUGUGGAAGGACAAGCUUUAACCUAUGGUGUUAUUCUGCUCCAGAAAUGACCCACAGAGACGCCAAACUAUUCUUUUUAAUAGGCGAGGUAUUAAAAGUCACAUGUUCUGAAGGCAAUGGAUUAUUAAGGUUUAUUUAGGGGAACCAAAAGGUCAUGUUCAACUGAAAACAUUUCUGCUAAUUGCUAACAGAGAUGUCUGCUUAAUUUUAAAACAUUGGGUUAAGCGUAAAACUAUAAUAGUCGCCUAAACGUAAAUAUGUGCUUAAUAUUAAAAUCUGUGAUAAGACUUCGCAUCAACGUGGCAGUCCAGCACUGUGUAACCAGUAAAACAUGCAGUGUACAAAAUGAACUGGAAAAGAAUGUGUUUGUCCCAUAGGAUUUCUGUUAAAGGCCAAUGAAAAAACUUGACUGGAUAUUUAAAUUGUGUUAUUUAAUGUGUCUUGUAUUAUAUACUGUACAUUGUCGUGGCUAUUUGUUAUUCUUUGUAUAUUAUUUUUUUAAUGUUUUGCUUUGUGCCUUUAUUAAUGUGUCUCAGUAAGGUUAUUCUCAGCUUAAUGAUUUACAGUAUUGUGUAAGACAUUUAAAGGCGUCUAUUUUAGGCACUAAUUGUUUUUUUCUGCAUUAUUUGUCAUGUGCACAGUGAGGUGGUGUAUGAAGCCCUCUGUUGUCUGAACUCAGUGCAAAACUCAAUGAUUUCUAAAUAAAUGUCUCGAUCUAAAUACCACGUGUUUGCAUCUGCACUCACUCCAUUUAAUGCAGAACACAAAGUGCUCAUAAAAGUUUAAAGACAAAGCCCCAACAACAGCUCAGCUGUUCCUGAAUCAGUACCAAUCAUGGUAUAAAAAUCAAAUGAGUGACUUUCUCUGGCUGAAAUCUGAUUCAAGAUCAGUUUGAGGAUAUUUUAUGAGUGCAGGCGGAGAGACCAUCAGUGUGGGCGUGCUGACCUCACCACAUAUAUUUGUUGCUGUUUGUUACUCUACCUGCACGAACACAAGUGCACACUUGAAAAAUAAACACAAU